UACGCCGAUUUAAGUGCGGCUAAAUAAUUAAUUAAUUUCACCCGAUAUAAAAGACAAGCAUCGUUGCUAGUCUUUUAUAGAAAGAAAUUAGUGCUUAAAAUCCGCAAAAUGUUAUUCAACCCUUUCCAGAAACGUCCCGAGAAAUCUACUUUAAACAUAGAGACGAUAACUAACUACACGCACUUCCUCGAGCUGCCGCUGAAGAUUGUGGCGUGCUGGGAUUGGUACCGGGAGCCGAAAUGCGAGCGCGAGGUCAUCACUAACUACCUAUACCUGGCGCUAGUGCUGUUCUCGCUGGCCAGCUUGACCGCCGCUCUGUUCGCGCACCUGCUGACAGAGUGGCAUGGCGUGAUGGACAGCCUGGAUGAACUAGCGGACGGGCUACCUCUGCUGGCCUCACUUGCCAUCGUCUCAUACUUUGCGUUGCGCAAGCGCCAGCUGUACGACCUCACCGACUUCAUCAACAGUCGCUUCCGCUGCCACUCAGCGCGCGGCCUCACCAACAUGACCAUGCUGGGUAGCUACCGCGCGGCUCGGGACUUCGCUUACUUCUACACUGCGUGCACGCUGUUUAGUGUCGCUAUGUACGUCAUAUCGCCUGUGAUUGCACAUCUUUGGACGAAGCAGCCGCUGCAAGGUUGGAUCUACAUGGACGCUACAACGACCGCAGAUAUCGUUUGCGCCUUCUUGAAGCAAUGCGUGGGCCAGGCCUUCGUGGGACUCGCGGUAGGUCAGCUGGGUGUUCUGUUCGCUGCGCACGCGAUACUGGUGUGCGGGCAGGUGGAGGUGGCGUGCUGCGGGCUGCGCAACGCGCGCUGCUCGGCGCUACUGGCGGCCGGCGUGCGGCACUCCGCGCUCGCCGCCUCGCACCACCACGCACACAUGCUGGACGACGAGCGACACACGUACUCCUACAACGUCUCCGAAAUGAAGGAGUCACGCUUUCACUAUGAUCAGCCAGUGGAACAUUUUCGAGGACAUAAAACAGAAUUCGAUAUCUACUCUGCGGAGUACGAGGCGGGCACGUGCAGCGCGCUGGCGGAGUGCGCGCGCGCGCUGCAGACGGCGGCGGAGUGCCGCGCGCGCUUCCAGGCGCUGGCCUCGCCGCUGCUCGCGCUGCGCGUCGUGCAGGUCACACUGUACCUCUGCACGCUGCUGUACGCCGCCACAGAGAAGUUCGACAUGGUGACAGUGGAGUACCUGGCGGCGGUGGCGCUAGACAUGUUUGUCUACUGCUACUUCGGCAAUCAAAUAAUCGUACAGGCGGAGCGCGUGCGCGGCGCGGCGUACGGCAGCGGGUGGGGGGCGAUGGGGGCGCGCGCGCGGCGCCUGGCGCUGGGCGUGCUGCAGGCCAGCGGCCGCGCCGCGCUGCGCGCCGGCGGCUUCCUGCCCAUGGACCUGCACACCUACCUCGUCAUUAUAAAAACUUCCUUCUCUUACUACACUUUAUUGGUGAAUGUAAACGAAAAAUAAUGUGCAAAUUGCAAUAGAAAAUUAACAUAUUU